CGGCGGCGGCCCGCGGGGAGCGGGGUGGCCGAGGGGGCGCGGAGCCGCGAGGGCCCGUCCGGCGUGACACCACCUGGCGGAGUCUCCGGGAAGAGGCUUAAAGGCGCGCGCUAUCCGCGCCCCGCGCACUUCGCACUCCGGCGGGAGCCGCCCAGAGCUCUCUUCCCUCUGCCGCCCGGCGCCUCGGGGAGGCGCCUUCUGCGGCGGGCUCACGGACUCCUCGGCGCGGCGGGGCCGGGGCGAGCUGGACGCAGCAUGAUGCGCGCUGUGUGGGAGGCGCUGGCCGCGCUGGUCGCGCUGGCUUGCCUGGUGGGCGCGGUACGCGGCGGUCCCGGGCUCAGCAUGUUCGCGGGCCAGGCGGCGCAGCCGGACCCCUGCUCGGACGAGAACGGCCACCCGCGCCGCUGCAUCCCGGACUUUGUCAACGCGGCCUUCGGAAAGGACGUGCGCGUGUCCAGCACCUGCGGCCGGCCCCCGGCGCGCUACUGCGUGGUGAGCGAGCGCGGCGAGGAGCGGCUACGCUCCUGCCACCUCUGCAACGCCUCGGACCCCAAGAAGGCGCAUCCGCCGGCCUUCCUCACCGACCUCAACAACCCGCACAACCUGACGUGCUGGCAGUCGGAGAACUUCCUGCAGUUUCCGCACAACGUCACACUCACGCUGUCGCUCGGCAAGAAGUUCGAGGUGACCUACGUGAGCCUGCAGUUCUGCUCUCCGCGGCCCGAGUCGAUGGCCAUCUACAAGUCCAUGGACUACGGGCGCACGUGGGUGCCCUUCCAGUUCUACUCCACGCAGUGCCGGAAGAUGUACAACCGGCCGCACCGCGCGCCCAUCACCAAGCAGAACGAGCAGGAGGCCGUGUGCACCGACUCGCACACCGACAUGCGCCCGCUCUCCGGCGGCCUCAUCGCCUUCAGCACGCUGGACGGGCGACCCUCGGCGCACGACUUCGACAACUCGCCGGUACUGCAGGACUGGGUCACGGCGACAGACAUCCGUGUGGCCUUCAGCCGCUUGCACACGUUCGGCGACGAGAACGAGGAUGACUCGGAGCUGGCGCGCGACUCGUACUUCUACGCUGUGUCCGACUUGCAGGUGGGCGGCCGCUGCAAGUGCAACGGCCACGCGGCUCGUUGCGUGCGCGACCGCGACGACAGCCUGGUAUGCGACUGCAGGCACAAUACGGCGGGCCCGGAAUGCGACCGCUGCAAACCCUUUCACUACGACCGGCCCUGGCAGCGCGCCACGGCCCGCGAGGCCAACGAGUGCGUGGCCUGUGAUUGCCACCCCGUUGGUGCUGCUGGCAAGACCUGCAACCAGACCACCGGCCAGUGUCCCUGCAAGGAUGGGGUGACGGGCAUCACCUGCAACCGCUGCGCCAAGGGCUACCAGCAGAGCCGCUCGCCCAUCGCGCCCUGCAUCAAGAUCCCCGUAGCACCACCAACCACUGCAGCCAGCAGCGUGGAGGAGCCCGAAGACUGUGAUUCCUACUGCAAGGCCUCCAAAGGGAAGCUGAAGAUUAACAUGAAAAAGUACUGCAAGAAGGACUAUGCCGUCCAGAUCCACAUCCUGAAGGCAGACAAGGCGGGAGACUGGUGGAAGUUCACGGUCAACAUCAUCUCCGUGUACAAGCAGGGCACAAGCCGCAUCCGCCGCGGUGACCAGAGCCUGUGGAUCCGCUCCCGUGAUAUCGCCUGCAAGUGCCCCAAAAUCAAGCCCCUCAAGAAGUACCUGCUGCUGGGCAAUGCCGAGGACUCGCCCGACCAGAGCGGCAUCGUAGCAGACAAGAGCAGCCUGGUGAUCCAGUGGCGGGACACGUGGGCACGGCGGCUGCGCAAGUUCCAGCAGCGGGAGAAAAAGGGCAAGUGCAAGAAGGCCUAGCGUGGCGCAGCGGGGCGCCACGGCCCGGCGAGCGCGAGCCGGCGCAGCAGUGGACUUGGCCCACGAGGGCUUUCCCAGGUGGGGGGAGGGUGGGGGCGGGGCCGCAGCCGGCGUGGGGCGGGGCCCUGGGCGGCCUCUUCCCCAUCCCCACCCUGCGCACCCCUGGCGGAGUGGCGAAAACACGCAGGGCUCGGUGCGCAGCAGGCCAGGUCCUGGAGAAAUGAGGACGAGACGCAGCUACCUCACGGGGCUCCUUCCAGAGCAGAGAUGCGCUUCCCUAGGGCUAGGUGGGGUCACCGUGGAGGGGCUGGGGCAGCCUUCCCUGGUGCCAGGAUGGCAUGGGCAGCGGCAGACGCAGGUUGUUGAUGGUUACGGAGAGGGGGACACGAGGAGAACUGUGAAUGUUUAGGCCCGCAGCCUGAGCAGGGGUGCUGAGCAAGCCUGACCAAACCGCCGCCCCAAUCCAAGAGACAAAAGCCCCUCAUUUCCCCUGACUCUUUGCUGUCUAGGAAUUCCCACAGGACUCCUGGCUGUGACAACCCGGGCCCCAUGUGAAGAGGCUGGGGUGGCCCUGGGAGGAGGGGAAGGGGUCCGUCCGCCAGCAUACUUCAUGUGGCCUCUGGUCUCCGUGGCCACCUGUCGGCUUGGAUUGCCCGGGUGGGGUGUGGUUGUGGGGUGGGGUGCGUCCGUGGUGAGGCGAGGCUCCGGCCUGUGCCUGUGCCACCCGGCCGGGGGCUGACCCAGGACUCUGGCCAGUCCAGCAUGGGCCCGAGGACACCCCUGAGGAGCCCAAGCCGGGUGGUCACUGCCUCACCCUGGAGCUGCCUGUGGGAGGAGGCAGUGCAAAGGCAAAACCUCCCAGAGUGUUUCCUUUUUGGAAACUUGGAACCAGCCCCUUUAUGACAUUUUCCAGGGGAGGGGGAAGGGGCACUGGCUGGGUUUACAGCAGUGACACUAUUUGUGUAAUGACAUCAGCUCCCGCAAGGCCCUCAGCAGUGUCAACAGCUGGCAGGGGCAUGGACAGGCGGGGUAUGCAGCGGCAGGGCCGGCCGUGCGGGAGCGGGCGGGGGGGCUUGCUGGCUCGGCGAGGUGCCUGGGUGCCCAUGCCACAGGCGGGCAGGGCCAGGAAUGGUCACACUCCUGGGAGCCAUGGGAGCCUUGACCACUUCCUGUCACCGCCCUCACUGUUGUCUUCCAAGGGAAGGGACGAGGGCACUGGGCUGAAAAACCUGCUGCAGCCCCCCGGGCCGUCACGGUGUAGCCUGGGGAGCACCCUGUGCACUCUUUCCAGGCCUUCCUCUUUGCCGACGCCCCCUACUUUCCAGUGCCCAACCCCUUCGCAAGCCCCUAGAGACUGUGCUCAAGCAAGCAGGCCUUUGGGUCUGGGUGUCUUGCGGGACCUGGUCCUGUGCUCCGGAGCCUCUGCUCCCUGCCUUCCCGAGCUGUGCGCGGUGCCGGGCCUCCGGCCCCAUCCUCACACCCGGCACACGGAAUGAGAAGCUUGGCUCCCUCUCAGGCAGGAAAUUGGUUUCAUUUUCCCUGCCAGAGCUUGGCUGCUCCAAAAAGCCAGUAUACCAAGAAUGAAACUCAGCCUCUUGGCGACUGGGAUUCCCUCUGCUUCCCUCACUUCUGCCUGUGUCACCAUUUAACUGCCAUUUAACGCGCACCUGCUCUGCGCCAGGCACUUUACCUCCACAUUCCCAGCCUGUCUGAACCCCGUGGGACAGGGAUUCUCACCUGUUUUCCACCGGGGAGGCAACUGGCGUACACUCGCCCAAGGUUGUGCUGUGAGCACAUCGCAGCUCUGGGACUCAGACCCCAGAGCCCGCUCCAGCUCUGUCACCCGCCCUCGAUUCCCGCAGCAGGCUGUGAGGGGUGCCCGUGGGCUGCCGCCCAGAUCAUGCGCCUGCCUCCGAGGACCUUGGAUCCAGCCCAGAGACAGGAGCCUGGGAGAGGGUAGGGACAAGGGCGAUGUCUUGGAGGGGCAGCCAGAGUCUUCAGUGCGAUGUCUCCAGAGUGCUGGGUGGAGCAGGGCAGGGCACGGCUUCACCUGAGGGUGGUCCUGGGAACCCCAGGUCCCGGGAAGGCAGACCUCCGUUCUCGAGCACCAGACAGGUGGUUUGGCUGCUCCGGGUAUGUGGCAUAAGGCUGUGGGGUAUCUAGGAGAGACUGGCAGAGAUGCCUCGGGGCAAGGGAAAGACAGUUACGCUAGGGAGGGGCAUUUGGCUUCCUGAAACCUAAGGCUGGAGGGCAAGGGCCUCUCACCAGGCCUUGGGCCUAGCACGAUCUGCUAACGCCAUUAGCAGCAGCAGGCACCCUGCCAGAGCAGCUGUCCUGUUUAUCUGUACCGCCCUGCCCAGGACUGUGGCAGCCACACCCACUCUGGGUCUGGGUCUGAGUCUGUGUCCAGUGGGGACCCCUCAACAGUGGAACCAGGGCCCUGCCCAGCAACCAGAUGUCUUGCUGAGAACCAAACCAGCCUCCAGCCCUGCCUUCUGGCUCAGCCACCCCUUCUCUUGGCGGGGCAGGGCCAUCCACCCAGUGUUCGGACCGCUGGGGGGCUAUGGCAGGGUGGCCAGAUUGGCCACGUCGGGGGUGGGGUCACUGUUGGGACUGCACAGUUCAUCACAGGCGGCCUCCCUCCUCCUGUGCAACCAGCCAGAACCAGCCCACCGCCCCCGCUUCCAGCCGCGGACCUCCAGGGUAAGGACCUGGCCUCAGCAAAGCGACUCCCUCUCCACCCCGCUCCCACCCCAGGGAGGAGAUGGAAAGAAGAAUCAAGGCGUUACAGUUCCAGUUUGUACAGUUAGAAAGGGAUAUAAAACGGAACUAGAUUUUGAUUUUGAAGAGUGUAUUAACCAGACUGUGAUAUGUAGGUUUCUGAGGACCAGAUUAGUCUUUUUUGGUUUUUAAAUGAUUCCCCAGGGCCUCUUGUCCCUUUUCUUUUUUACCAGCUGGGUGGUCUGGCGCCCCUGACAGCUGAGUGCCUGCUUCGCUGGUGCACAGACUCAAAAGGUGUGAGGUGGGUAUGGGAAGGAAACAGGCUGCUGGCUCUGGCCUCUGCUCACAGCUUCCGUACUUGUAAAGCAGGGCGGGAGGCAGCACCCACCGGCUCCCUCAGACGGGAGGGGGCACACCUGUGGGGUCAAAGCCUAGAUAGGCUGGGAGCCGCCGAGGUCUUUAGGGCCCUCUUGGAACUGCCUCAGUAAUAACAUGCAGGAAAUGGGUUUAGACUUGGUUGGAGUUGUCCCAGGUUGGAAUGAGAAGUCAGAAGAGACCCUCAGGGACUGGGAAACAGUUCCUUUGGGGUCUCAAUACUUGAAGGACCCCCUCCUGCCCCCAAGCCUAGAGAGUGGGCAAAUUAGACUCUUUGAUGUGCCAUGGUUCAAACAGACAUUCCUGCGGACCACAGCUACGCCAUACCCUAGGGUAGGUACCAAAACUGUGCUUGUGGGCCUCGCCCCUGCCCAAAUCGAAGCCAGAUCCCCUCCUUGUGUCAUUGGACAGCCCCCCUUCCCCAGGUCCUCCCCCACCGCCCCCCGCCCCAGAUCCCUCUUGUGUUGCGGAUUUCUGUUCCCUCAGAAUUGUAAAUGUUUAGUUGUGACCAUGACAUAUUGUUUGGGUCAGUGUUCCUUUCCAAUGCAUACUAAUAUAUUAUGGUUAUUAUAUAUGAAUAUAUUUAAUGACAUGGAAAAAGUUGUGGAUUUUUUAAGGUUUUUUCUGUUAGAGUUGUAAUGGACCCAGAUGGAACUUGUAAAGUGGGCCCCACAUGAUAGAACUAAAUUCAGAUUAUCAUUAAAUAAACUCUUGUAUACUGCUCUG